AUGGAGGAUAUCUACGAGAAAAUCUUGCUAAGUAUUCCCCCCGAUAUAAUUGAAGAUCUUGAUACAUCAGAUGUUGAAAUAUGCUAUGAAACAAAGACUAAUGAACAGCCAAAACAAGAAACAGUUAAGAAACCAGUAAUCGAAGUCAUCGAAGAUAAGCCAGAACCUCAGCCAGAAGAGGUUAAGCCGCAGCCUGAAGUUAAACCUGCAGAGAAAAAGCCAGAAUUUAAGCCAGAUUUCAAUGCUCCCAGAGUUGAUAUGCUUAUUGAUUUUGGAGCGCCACAACAACCACAAAAUACUCAACAAAAAGCUAAAGAUGCAGUUGAUUUAUUGUUUGGAGAAGAUUCAAAGAAGUCAAACGAUGAUAACAUUCUUUUAUACGAAAAAGAUCAAGAAGCAUUUGCUCAAUUACUAUUUAAACUCAGCGAUACAGAUCUAUCAUCAACGUUAUUUGAUCUCUCAAAGAAACAUCCUGAUUGCGGCUUUUUCCUACUUCAAAUUUCUCAAAGAUGCGGAUUAAGUGUUACUAAACUUCUGAAAUCGCUUCCGGCAUUACCACAGACUCCAAGACUUCACGAUUAUCUGGAGUCAAAGAAACAAUUCGUUCAAACUUUUGGUCAAUUCGAAGGAAACUACAGUCUUGGUGAAUUUACGAAAGCCAAUAGAACUAACCCACCUCCUCCAGGAAGCCCACCUAUCUGUUUAGAUGCUAUUCGACUUCUUCAAAAUUCAAUGGACUUAAUCAUCGCAGCUUUUAGAGAUAAACCAUCUAAACCAUUAUUAGAUGAAUGCCUAUCACUUUACCAAGUUAUUGCUUACAUUAUUGCAAAGUUAGUUCAAUUUAACAUUAAUAAGACAUUUUUAGAAGCCAAAAUCAUUCCUUUAUACAAUAACCAGCAUUACAAUCUUAAGAAAGCUAUAGAUUCUUCUAAUUUGAAUGUUAAUUUCCCUGAAGCUUCGUUUAAUUUCCAAGAUCAAAAUAUUAUUAAGAGACUUAGACCACCGGCCUCUAAUAUUACACUCCAAUAA